AAUCCCAAAAAAGAAAUUGAUUUUUGUGUUAUCUCUUCCUAACGAUGUGUUACGGUCACAAUCAAUCGUUUUCAUCGCGUAACAGUCUCCGUCGCCGAUCGCACGACGAUUCAGUGGUUGACGAUCUCCGAGACCGGCUCGCGGAAACGGAGGCAAGGCUGAGACGAGCAAGGGCGAGAGAAGCUGAGCUAAGCCGUAGGUUGGAGCAUAUGAAGAGAUUCGUUUCGGUCAUGGAGAUCAUUGAGACUUUUCUGGAGCGGCGAUAUCAAGAGCAGAAAGAUCGAAUUGUUCGCCUUUUCUCUCCUGUAUCGACUACGUAAAAAGGGUGGAGCAGUCAUCUUCGUCUUCUUCUUCACCUUGCUUUGUUUCUCUUUUUUGGUGUGGUGAUCCCUUUACUUUUGAAUAUGUUCCCUUGUUUGUUUGUGUUUGAUAGUAUUAGUUUAAAAAAAGCAGCAGAUGUCUAAGAAUUGUAGAUUUUGUUUUGUUGACUACAAGGUAAGGUAAUAUGAAAAGCUAUGUGCAUAAUUUCCAUUUUGAUAA